AUGAGUCGCAAUCUGUGCGACGAAACCUUCCCCGCCAGCUUGCUGAUCGAGUUUGACGAGCUGGACGAUGAAAUUCCCAUCAGUCCGGAACUUCCGAAACGUCAUCAACCGGAAAGCUUGCUGCGGGAACGAACAGCGCUAUCCGGUGGCAAAGGGAUCGCAACCGAUAAGAUCACCGAUGAUCGCAACGGGUCGCGCAUGGUGAUAUCGGGUUCAUCAAACACCUCCAGCGGUCAUUCGUCACUGUCGACUGAAGGAGAAAACCGAAGUGCGUCGAGUGAUCGCGAUACGAGCCGCGAUAUAAGCAAACGGCAACCGUUGGCCGUAGGUGCCGGCGCGUUGCUGCUCCUUGGCGAUCAACGCACAGACAAAUCGACACUAAAGUCGCGAAAACUGCGUCAACCACGGUCCAUGGAGAGUUUGCUCCAGAACCAAGGACAGGCGGGCCGAAUAAAGACGGCGUCCCCUUUGCAUGCCGGAACCGGUUUGGCAAUGGGUGGCAAGGGUUUCGGGGGUGGAAGUACUGGUAAUGUUAGUGCGAGUAGUAUUGGUGCAACCGCACAGCAGCAACAACACUACCAUCGUCACCGGUCAAAGUAUGGGCAUGUUCAGAGCAAGGUUAAGCAGAUGAUAGAUGAAAUGAAACCACCGGCCAACCGGGACCGGAAGACGCUCGUACGCCACAAAUCGAUGCCCGAAACGUCUCACGAUGUCGAAUUGAAAGACGAGGAGGAUGAAACGCUCGAGCAGGAAAAUGAUGUCGAAACGCUCCGGUCUGUUGUGCGCGAAUUGCGACUACACAUGAGCAGCCUGGAACAACAGCUUAGCAUUUGCCGUACGAACGUGUUCAACGAGCUGGCGACGCUGAAGUGCAAGAACAGUGCGUUGCGCAUCGAGAACGAUCAUCUACUCGAACAGGAGCGAGCACGCGAGCAGCGCCGGCAGCUGCUACGCGAACAGCAAACGGCAGGCUCCUGCUACGGUAGCCAGUCGUCGCUCUGUAAGGCAUCGGUCGGAAGCACCAGUACGGUUGGCACACAGACGAGCCCAUCCAUUACCGGGGAUCAUGAGUUGCAGUUUGAGUUUCUACUGGCCAGUCCGCAAACGUUUUCCCGUCCGGCAUUACCACCACAAACAUUCUCCACCACCAUCGAGCCCGAAUCGGUCGGGUGCGAAUUUUCACCCGACUACGAACAGCUUUUGCCAAUGCUCGGUCGCAGUGCUAAUUCGUCCACAUUUGGGGCCGAAACCCGUCGUCGCGAUAUACGACGCACGCCGUCGAUCCGUUCACCGACUGGCCGGCGGUCCGAAUCGGGUCUGGCACAGGAUCUCCUAACCAGCCCAACGUGUCACGACUGUAGGCGAAGGAAAAAGAAGCGUAAAUCGCGUAAGCAAAAGCUGGCCAGCUUGUUCUGCAUUCGGCACCAUGAUGAGACGCUGUAG